CGAAUUGAAACCAUGGAGCCACCAAGAUUAGCCGCGUGGCUCUGCAAUUUAUGAACUUUCGAAGACUUUUGUUUCGUUUUUCCGUGUGUGAAUGAAUCUCUCAUACUUCCGCUUUUAAUUCUGACUUUUUUUCAUUAAAUCCAAAAAGUAGCCUUUUGGCCUUCAAUCAAUGACCAGGUCCUCCAUUUUUCUCCAAUCCUCUGUUUCUUCCUCUUCAUCACUUAUAAAUUCCCACUCUAAUUCUACUCCUUCUUCAUCCUCCAACAACCAAAACCAAUUCCCCACAAAGACAAACAAGAAAACACCAAUGAUUCAAUUUCUCAUUUCUGGGUUCUAAUCAAAAUCCUCUGUUUCAGACACGUCGCCGGAAAACAUGGACACCGUGAUGAACAGACCGAAUCUUCAGUUCGGGCUAACGGAUGUUUCAACAGCUCUUUCGAAUCUGAUUCUAACAGGCGGAGGAAACACAUUGGAUUCGAUCUUCUCUCACUGUGAGAAUUUAGCCUCUGGUAACGACAGCAGAGAUUUUCAGCCGGCGAUGGAGUCGUCGGUGUAUCCGUCGGUGUAUCUUCAGCAGCGGGAGGUGCUUCAGAGAUUUUCUCAGGACAGGAAAUCAAAUGGGUCUCGGGAUUUGUUUUCAAGGGCUUACGAAUUGUUGUAUUCGCGAAGUGGCGCCGCCGUGGACGGCAGGGAGAAGAAGAUUUACAGAGGUGUGCGGCAGAGACAUUGGGGGAAAUGGGUAGCAGAGAUUCGGCUGCCGCAGAAUCGGAUGAGGGUAUGGUUAGGGACCUACGAUUCGCCGGAGACAGCCGCCUACGCGUACGACUGCGCCGCCUGUAAGCUCCGUGGGGAAUAUGCGCGGUUGAAUUUUCCGAAUCUUAGGGACUUGAAAACCGAUUUGGGCUCCGGCGAGUUUGCGAGAUUGAGUGAGUUGAAGAAAUUGGUGGAUGCGAAGAUUCAAGCGAUUUUUCAGAAGAUUCGGAAGGGGAAAGCGAAGAAGAGUGUGAAGAAGAAGGAUUCUCAGGGAACCGGCGGCGAUUUGUGUUCGGGUUCAUGUUCUUCUUCGUCGUCCUCGGUGUCUCUGCCGCCGGCAGCAGUGGAGUUGACGGAUGAGUGGAGUUGGGAAAAUGUGCAGCCGCCUGUCACGGCGGAAGAGGGGUUGUGGAACUUUGAGAACUCGGCUCGAGGUGGCUCUAUGGAUUGUGCGACGGCGAUGACGGCGGCAGGAUCAGAAACAGAGUGUUACUCGUUGGCAAAGAUGCCUUCCUUUGACGCAGACCUAAUUUGGGAAGUUCUUGCAAACUAGAGCUUGUUAAUCCCCAUUAGAGCGAAAAAAAAAAAGCAACUUUUUUUGUUAAAUGACAAAUUAAGAUGUUGAAAGUUUUAAUUUAGGAAACAAAAUUUUGGAUUUUAACUUUAACGGGCAUUUUUUUAAA